CUCAAAUUACAAUUCAAACCAAAUAUUUACAUUUCAAUUGACAAACAAAUCAAUUGUUAUUUAAAUAACUGUGUUCAUCAAUUCAUAACUCAAUAUACAAGUUAUUUGUGCAUGACACUUUCAAAUUAGUCAAUUAUUUUACAUAUACAUUAAUUUUACAAUUAAAUUGUUAUCACAUUAAAUGCAUUUCAUGGACUAUGACUUCAAAGUGAAGACCGCAUCGGAAAGGGAUAAAGUGGAGGAACUGUUUGAAUACGAGGGCUGUAAGGUUGGUCGGGGCACCUAUGGGCACGUCUACAAAGCCAAACGCAAGGACGGUUCCGAUACUCGCGAGUAUGCGCUCAAACAGAUCGAGGGCACCGGCAUAUCGAUGUCCGCCUGUCGUGAAAUAGCUUUAUUACGGGAACUAAAGCACGUGAAUGUCAUAAACCUUCAGCGGGUAUUCCUCUCCCAUUCCGACCGCAAAGUGUGGCUACUCUUCGAUUACGCCGAACACGACCUCUGGGUUCGUAUUAUCACCACUUUGUCCACUCGAUUACAUGCAGUGUUUGAUUCU